CUGUUUUGUAACAUUUCUUCUUCUUGUACUCCCUUUGUCCCAAAAAUACAGGGAAAUUAUUCGUUUUUUGCUCCCACCUCCUCUCUCUCACGCAUGCAAAAUCUCAAACACAGAUACUAAAGUUUUAACCUUUUUGUUUACUCCGUACAUUAUUAAGUUUCACAGUACAUCACUAAGUUGGAGGUUCUUGAAGACAACUUAAAGGAGUCAAGAUGAGGAUGAGCUGUAAUGGAUGCAGAGUUUUGAGAAAAGGGUGUAGCGAGAACUGCAGUAUAAGGUCGUCUUUGGCUUGGAUCGAAUCCCCUGAAUCUCAAGCCAACGCAACCGUGUUUCUUGCUAAGUUCUAUGGCCGUACUGGUCUCGUCAACCUCAUCAACGCCGGUCCGGAUCAUCUUCGUCCUGCCAUAUUCCGUUCACUGUUGCGCGAAGCAUGUGGGAGGGUUGUGAAUCCGAUCUACGGUUCGGUUGGUCUAUUGUGGUCUGGAAGUUGGCAGCUUUGUCAAGCCGCGGUCGAUGCGGUUUUGAAGGGUGAAGCUAUCACUCCGAUCGCCACGGAUACGGCGGCGAACGGCCAAGGUCCGCCGAUUAAAGUUUACGACAUUCGUCAUAUCUCCAAGAAAGAGAACGCCGCCGCAAAUGGCUCGAGCCGUCAUCGGAAAAGAUACAAGACCCGACGGGUUAAAGCUAAACAGGAGGAGAAAGCUAACGAGGCUAGUCACGACUCGUCGCUGAGCCACCAGUCUGAAGAUGAGACAGCGAAUUUUCCGAUCGAGCUGGAGUUGAAGCUGGGGAUUGAACCGGUUCUUUCACGUGUUGUUGUGCCGGUUAAGAAGAGGAGGAUGGGCGUGUUUCGCACGUGUCACGUGAAGAAGUAUACGUGUAACGAAGAUGUUGGACUUUCAAAGUAAACUUUAAGCUAAAGUAUAUAGACUUAUACAGGCCCAAUAAAACUCAGU